AUGGCUCUGAAAUUGGAAUGCAACAAUUCAAUCAGCUAUCGCCACAAGAAGUUUGAUAUGCGGCGACCACGCACCGACGAGGAGGAGCUGCACAUCAAGGAGGAGUUGAUCUCACGCAUGGGCACCCCGGCCAGCAGCAGCUACAAUGAGGAGGACACCAGCAGUCAAUGUUCCAGCGAAUUUAUGUUGUCGCUGCCCAAGCGACGUCGCCUCAAUAGCACCAUAUGCGACGGGUCGAAUGAAUCGGAAUCCGCAUCAUCUUCGCAAUCAUUGCCGCCAUCCAUAAGCCCCGAAGCCCUGAGAGAUAUCUGCAAGUACCACGGUAAUAUGGUGCGAAAAUUUCCGAAAAAAGAACGCACACCCAAGGAUCAGGAUCGACGCAAUAAGAACACAAUCGCCUGUCGCAUGAGCCGACGUGUGAAGAAACUCGAGCAUCUGGCCAUUGAGGAGCAGUACAAGGAGUUCACCAACCAGCAUCUCAAGAUUGUCGAGGAGAGCAUGCGGGCAACUGCCUAUUUCAAUCAUCUCAAUCAGCUGGUUAAGCACGAACAAGUUAAGAGCCCAGCUCCAGUGCCAAUUCCAUUGCCCUCGAAAAACUUUAGUAUUGACUAUUUGAUCAAUGGCAUCAAGAGGAAGCAAUGUUAG